AUGGGUAAGAAGAAUCAAGGACAGAGACAGAGUGCAAGAGAGGCAAGGGCGCUUGCAGGGCCAGCACCAGUCGGGUCCGCUGCACCAGUUGAAUCUGCUGCUCCAGUCAAGUCUGCUGCACCAGUUGAGUGUAUGAACAAGGUUAUUGAAGGGUUUAUUGGAGGGGUUAUUGGAGCGGUUAUUGGUGGGGUUAUUGGUGGGGUUAUUGGUGGGGUCAUCAAAGGGUAUCAACAGAGGAAUCAUCACCGGUACGCAUCCCUGCCUCAGAGCUAUCCAACUGAAAGUUUCACAUACACGUCCAACACCAUUUCCGUUCCUAUUCCAAAACUAUAUUCCUCAAUGACUCUUUGUGACACAUUGGUCAAUGACCAAUUGGAGAAGGUAGAGGCUGUAAAGAACAAAGAUGGUACAACGCCAGGUGGGUUCACCUAUGGCUUGCAUCCGGCCAGUUCAAGCUGGUUGGGUCUAGUUGUAGGGGGAAAUUCUGCAAUGACUACCCGCAUCCCCCACCUACCCACGCUCUGGCAUCAGCCUAUGACUACCCUGCCUACUCCCACCACUGAAGAAGUGAUGCUCGCGCAUGUGUACAAGUCCACCCCUGGCUUUAUUUGCCGGUUGACCAGGAUCUUUGUCCAUGCCCUUGGCUGCAAGUCUCGGUCAGAUGACCGCUGCACGCCGGGUAGAAGUUCACUUCUGUCUGUUCCAUGUGCCUGUACUCAACGUUGGAAACCGGCACGUCUUGCGUGUGAUCACCGCCACACCCUUGAUGUCAACACCCAUGCCGCCAAUGUCAUUCUCCCUUCCCUCCUUGAUAAACUGCAACACUUGCAGAUGGAAUCCAACAUUGCACUCUCUCAAGCUGCUCAGAUUCUCCCUCUCAAAGACAAACUAUCAUUCCUUACCCAUUUUCUUGGUAUCCAUCACACCAACUUUCACAUCAUCUCAGUGAAUCAUUGUCCUGAACAAUACACCUCUCUUUCUGCCAAAGAAGAGGCUCCCCAAACUCGUGAAACUGGAUACCUUAAUUUAUCAGAGGCAGUGGGUUUGGGGGUGACAGUUCUGACAAGGGUUCAACGUUCUGAAGGACUCAGUUUGGGUGAAUACGUGGGCAUCAUAAACUUCCGGGAUCUGAUGUGUCUUUCAGUCAAAGAUAGGGAUGAAGUAUUGGAGUGUAUGAAGACAUUAGAUUUGGUGACACAUACAACAUGUAAUCUGAUCAACCUUAAUGGAGCUGCAAAAUCUGGAGGAGGUCAUGGGAGGAUGCAUGCUUUUGGUUGGAAGGGCUCCUUUGCCGUUGGUGUGACUCGGUUUGACCAAUACACCCCAAAAGCUGGAAAACAAGACGGAUGGAAAGCUUUAUCAGAUGGAAAGAUGACUCAGGCUGCCAGGCAUCUUAGUAAAGGUGGUAGGUUCACAGGGGAGGUGAGGGAGGUGUCCGCAGAGAUCAGUGGAGUGGGAGUGGGAGCGGCACCAGACCAUGUGUAUGCGGAAGUGGCAUGGCGGGCUCCAAAAGAUUAUCAUGGGACAAUGGCGUGCAAUCUGAGGGAAGGACUGACUUGGCGGACGGCAACAAUGUACAGAUCACAAAAAGAUCAGAGGAACAAAGGCCCUUGGUGGAUUCAAGGAUGGACAUGUAGACAUCAGAUUGUAGUCAAACAUAUCAGAGGAUUUGCAUUCAAAGUUGUGCUUCUGAAUGUGGUCACCCCCAAAUGGCAAGCCUGUCACAAACCAUGUCGUAACAUCCCUGACAACUACCAUCACCAACCCUCCUUUCACCAUCACUGA